UCGGCCUUCGAGGAGGAGGAGGAACGAGAAUGACCUGCGUGAUGAGGAAAGGAGAGGGUGGGACGGUGUGAAGGUUUCUCUUUUGCUCUCCUCUUCUUGCAUUGCCCAACAGCUUGAGUCACAAGAAGCCCUGAAGCUAGUAUCAUCCAUCACAGUUGCUAAACAAUCAUAAAGCUGUCAUGGAAUGAUUCUGAUAUGGAUGCACACAAGAUGGCACAAAAGUUUCAUAUAAGGAAUCAGGAGCUCAAACCAAACGAAUCGCUGAGAAGUCCCUGCACAGGUCCCAGCAUCAAAAGCUCUUUACCUGAAGAAGAUAAAACAUCAAAAUUACUCAACAAUUUCUCAAUUUGUGACCAAACUAAUUUGUUUUUUGAAAAUCGUGACAGUAGUUCAAGUGAAAGCAGCCAUGAUGGCUCCCCUAGUAGCUUUAACAGGCAAAUGACUGCAUCAAAAAUGAAUGGAGGGGAACCAAGAGGACAUUUGGAAACCAUGAAUGAUGCCAGUAAGUUGCUGUUAUCCUCAGCAAAUGAAAUGAAUCCUGUGUUUGGUUCAGCCUUGACACAUGCAAAGCAGAGAAGACCACAGAGGUCUCCUGAUAACACUUUAUCUAUGGGCUGUGAUCCACAGUUUAAUCCAUUAAGCCCAUUGCAUCUGUGCACAUGCCAUGUUUGUGGACUGUUUGGAUCCUUGAGAUGCACGCAGUGCAAGCAGAUAUAUUACUGUUCUGUGGAUUGUCAGAGGAAAGACUGGCAAAAACAUAGUGUUGUCUGUAAGCCAGUUAAACAUAAUGCAGAUAAAGUUGAAGAGAAUGCAAAAUCAUUGGAGGAAAUCAAGAAAAAGGAAAAGUUACUAUUUAUCAGUAACAACAAAGCAGAAGAGCAGGGUAAGAAAACAAUGUUUUCCGAUCUGACUACAUUGGGACUGAAGAAAAAUAUGAAAAUAGAGGGUAUGGUAACGGAGUUCAAUAAUCCUAGUGAAUUCUACAUACAACUCAAUUCUACAGAAGUUCUAAGUAAUAUUAGAGAACUUAGUGUGAAGCUGAAAGAUUUUAGUGGAGUUAAUCAAGAGGAAUAUAUUCCUGCGAAAGGGGAAGUCGUUGUUGCAAAAUACUCCUUGGAUCAGACCUGGUGCAGAGUGCUUAUAAAAGAGGUGGAUAUCCUUAAGAAGAGUGCUCUGGUGUUAUAUAUUGACUAUGGAAAUGGAGAGAACAUACCUCUAAAUAGAAUUAAACGCCUGCACCAAGAUCUUGCUCAUUUCCCACCCUGCGCCAUUAAGUGUUGUGUUGCUAAAGUCCUCUCAGCUAAAGAACAAUGGAAUGCAAAGUGCAAAAAUACUGUUGCUCCAUUUCUUAUAGGAAAGUGCUGCUCAUUGACUAUUAUUGAUGUUUUGAUGGAUGAGAUGCCAUACUUUGCUGUAGAUGUUGUCUUGCCAGUUUCUGGUAAACACUUAUAUGAAAUACUCUUGGAAAUGGAACAUGGUUUGAAUUCAAAAGGUAAAAGUACCAACAAGGAAAAUGUAGCUAUUGGUUCUACUGUAGAAAAGCUAUCUAUUAAGGAGAAGAAAUUUGACUGUAAAGGACUGGAUCAUACUGGCUGUCAAAUUCCAAAGGUUAUCUUGCUGUCUGUAGGAGAUGCAUUUUUUGGUAUGGUUGCCCACAUACAAACACCAGGAGAUUUUUUUUGUCAGCAGAUGGAAAAUGGCCGCAAACUUUCUGAGCUUCAAGCAUCCCUGGGUGAAUACUGCAACAAAAUCUCAGCUACUCCAGAUUUCGUCCCAGCAGUAGGAGACUUGUGUUGUGCCCAGUUUACAGAAGACAGCCAAUGGUAUCGUGCAUCAGUUUUGUCCUACGUCUCAGAGAAAACUGCUCUAGUGGGCUAUGUAGACUAUGGAAACUUUGAAGUCCUUCAAUUAACUAAACUUAGACCAAUCAUUCCAAAAUUAAUGGAGUUACCAGUACAGGCUAUAAAGUGCACCCUAGCAGGUGUGAAGCCAAUAUCUGGAAUCUGGUCCACAGAGUCAACUUCUGUCAUGAAGAAGCUGGUGCAAAAUAAAGUGGUCAAUAUAAGAGUAAGAGAUAAGAAGGAAAAAACUUUUGUGGUAGAACUUAUAGAUGAAUCCAUGACUCCAACAAUAAAUGUGGCUAAAUGCCUUUUAGAGUUGGGGUUUGCAAUGGAAGAAACCACAAUUAUCUCAACAGUGGUUGAAACAAGUACUGGAACAUUGCAAGAAAUUAGUGGUCAACAACUGGACAAACUUGAUUGGUCCUGGGUCACGUUAACAGCUGAACAGGUGGUAAAUGUGGUGGUGUGUGUGCUGUACAACCCCAGCGAGUUCUAUUGCCAGUUGUUAAACAGUGACGGCUUGAAUGCUUUAAAAGAACUCAAUAUGUCUUUAGCAGAGUACUGCCAGAAAACAGUCACUAACGUUUCCAAAGUAAAAAAGGGAGACCUGUGCUGUGCUUAUUUCUCUGGUGAUGGUAGAUGGUAUCGUGCCUUGGUGAAAGAGACCAGUUCAUUUGAAUCAUUUAAAGUUCUGUUUGUGGAUUAUGGAAAUUGUGAAGAGGUUACUCUGGACAAAGUCAGACAGAUUUCAUCUGCAUUUAUGAAACUCCCAUUUCAAGCAAUCAGAUGUUGGCUGUCAGGUGUGAGGCCUAUAAAUAAGGAAUGGACUACAGAAGCGACAGCAACACUACAGAUGUGCACAGCUGGGAAGAAGCUUCAGGCUAGAGUAGUUUCUUUAACAACAAAUGGUGCUGAAGUAGAGCUUAUUGACAAUUCCACCGGCAAUCCAGUAAUGAUCAGUGAAAUUUUAAUUAAUGAACAAUUGGCUUUAAAAAAGGAAACAUUGUCAAAUCUCAGUAUGCUGCCAGAUGAAUUGGCAACCAAUUAUUCCCAAGAAUGCAAACAGUGGACAACAGCAGAAUUACCAGUUGAUGAAACUGUGUCUGUUCAUGUAUUAGAUGUGAUAAACCCUGGUUUAUUCUAUGUUGUACCAACAAAAAUGAAAGUAGAUCCACAGAGGCUCCAUAAAUUAAUGACUGGACUUGCAGGUUACUGCAAUUCUUGGAGUGAUCACAGUUUCAAACCAAAAGUUGGUGAACCAUGUUGUGCUAGAUUCACAGGUGAUGACAAUUGGUACCGUGCUGUUAUUCUGGGAAUUGGUGCAUCAGAAGUCAAAGUGGCAUAUGCAGAUUAUGGCAAUGUGGAAAUGUUGCCGUUUUCUAGGCUUCUGCCUAUACCUGUGCCCUACUUGGAACUCCCUUUUCAAAUACUUAAGUGUUCCCUUGCAGGAAUUAAGGAACUGGAUGGAAAGUGGUGCAUAUCAGCAACAGAGAAGCUGAAAAGUCUCUUACUGAAUGAGUGUAUCAUAGUUACUGUGAAAGGAGUUAGCAAGAGUAUCCAUGCAGUAACUGUUCAAAAAAACUGUGAAAACGGUAUUCUGAAUGUAGCUGACCAAUUAGUAAUCGAAAACUUGGCGAGAUAUAGCAACAGUGAGAAUCAAUGUGCAAAGAACACUAAGUGCUGUUGUACAGAGUUGAGAAAGCAAGUUACAAAGCUUGAACAGAUUAUUUGUUUUCUCUUAAAAGACCGCUUUGGGGAAGAUAAACUUCCUGAAAUGAUAAAGCCCUUGGAAGGAUAAAGCUGGGCUGCAAUUAAUGGCAAUUAUAUGAUUCUAGAGUACAGUUAAAAUGUACCAUGCCUUUUGAGAACGCUAACCUAAGCCUGCAGUCCAACAUAUUUAAUUGGAAAUAAGGUCUUUGGUAAUAAGACCAAUAAGAUCAGAAUGCAAAAAGUAUGAGAUAUAACAGAAAACCAUCUUCAGUGGAAGUUUUGUUGCUGACUUCAGUAGAAUAUUGACUGCACCAAUAUAUUGAAGUUGUUAUUGAAAGAUACUACAAAAAAUGCAACACAUUUUUUUUUUUACAGAAGAUGGAACUAGUGAUAAAGCACAUAGAAUGCAACUGUACUUAAUGCAGCUACUACAGCCUGUGAUAAACGAAGGCUUGGUCCCUAUCUGGCAUUUGGAAUGCAUACUUCCCUUCAGAGGAUGGUCAGGGAAGUGUUCAGUUCUUGCUCACCUUGUAUCAGUGUAACCAAUUACCUUUUUUCCAGUAUUCAUGUUACAAAGAUUACCUUGCUCAGUGUUGAUACUGAGUAGAAAUUUAAAGGCAUGAUGCCUUCUGGAUAUAGGGAAUUGUACUUCAUUCUGUGAGAAAUUACUCAAGCUAAAAAGGCAAUUAAUAUAACGUCUUUUCAUUUAAAUAGCCCAUGAAGACCGUAAUUAUUUGGUUUAAAAUUCUGUAUUUUAAGUUUUUAAUAUGUCUAGUCUAAUUUUAAAUUUGAAAUGGCUUUUUCAAAAAGUAUUUAGGACUUUACAUAAAGAAAAAUGGAAAUGUA